ACCAACAUAAAAGCUACCAAAAUAUUCCAAAACAAAUUUGUAAAUAAAUUUAACCUAAACCCACGUGGAUUCAGUUAAAUUUAUGAAAAUGACGGAUUUCGAAAUGAAGAGUGAAUCGGAAUUCGAAGACUCUGACGAAGAGCUUCAAACAGCUUUUUCAAAAGGCUUGUUAAAACCUGGUUUAAAUGAAGUGGUUGAAAAAGAAAUCAAGAAAUAUACGAAUAAUGUGGCCGGAUUAAAACGGAAAGUUAGUGAUUUUAAGCUAAAUCUGCCAUGGAUCGAAACCUUGGAUCUCAUAAAUACACCAGCCCCUCUUGCUCCAGAAAUGGCCGUACAAUUACAAGAACAGGAAGACAAAAGAGCGAAUCAAAUUAAAAACAAUAAAAAAUUACCCCAAAUCAAACCGGUAGAUGAUCCAGUUUUAAAUGAUUUUAAACGAGAAAUGUUAUUUCACCGACAAGCUCAAUCUGCAGUGUUGGAAGGAAUAGCGAAAUUAAAAAAAUUAGGAAUUAAAACCAAACGACCGGAUGAUUUCUUUGCAGAGAUGGCUAAAACUGACGAACAAAUGCAAAAAAUCCGUGAGAAUCUAGUUAAAAAACAAGCAGAUGCUCAACGAAGUGAACGCGUUAAACAGUUACGGGCACAACGAAAAAUGGGUAAAACUUUACAAAUUCAGGCAAAACUUCAAAAAGCUGCUGAUAAAAAAGAAAUGUUAGAUCAAGUUAAGAAAUACAGAAAAGGAAUUAAAAAAGAUUUAAGCUUUUUGAAUGACAAUAAAGGUGGUAAACCACAGAAUGGUAUUGUUAAAUCAAAGAAAGCAAUAGAGAAAGAAAAACGUAAAAUGGCUAAAUUUGGUUUUGGGGGUAAGAAGAAAGGUAGUAAGUUGAAUACUAAAGAUAGUUCGGCAGAUGUUAGUGAUUAUAAAAUGCCGGGUAAACCUAAUCUAAAACGAGGAGCUAAUAAAUCAUUUAAAAGUAAAGGUGGUCCUGCUAAGCGACCAGGAAAAAAUAGACGACAAAAAAUGAAAAGUAAGGGAAAAAAAUAAUUUUGUAAAAUUUAGUAUUUUUUAUAAUCGAAAAAAAAAAAACAUAACUAACGAGGUUAGAACACUGAAUCUUUGUGUUUCGUAUUUCUAGAAAACAUAACUACCGAGAUUCGAACACUAAAUCU